GCGCGCUGCGCGUCUCCUUGGCGCUGCGCGGAGGAGGGCGAGCCCAGGCCUCAAGGAGAGGGAGCGGGACGAGGAAGAGCAGCGGGAGCGGGAAUCGGCGCUCCUGCCGCUGCCAUGCUGCUGUGCACUGCCCUGCGCGCCGCGGCCGCACGCUCGGUAAGACAGAUCCGAUAUUUGCAUGGAACAGCAGAGCGCAAUGCCACUGGAGCCUUAUUCGUGCAUAGAGAUAGUCCUGAAAACAAUCCAAAUACUCCAUUUGAGUUCACACCUGAAAACCUAAAGCGAAUAGAAGCGAUCAUAAACAACUAUCCAGAGGGACACAAGUCUGCAGCUGUCAUGGCAGUGCUGGAUUUGGCCCAAAGACAGCAUGGAUGGCUGCCCAUAUCAGCUAUGAACAAGGUUGCUGAAGUUUUAGAAAUGCCUCCCAUGAGAGUCUAUGAAGUAGCAACCUUCUACACCAUGUACAAUCGCAAACCUGUUGGGAAAUACCACAUUCAGGUCUGCACCACCACGCCGUGCAUGCUGCGAGACUCUGACAGCAUUUUAGAAGCCAUUAAGAAGAAACUUGGUAUUAAAGUUGGGGAAACAACACCUGAUAAGCUCUUCACACUGAUAGAAGUGGAAUGUUUAGGUGCUUGUGUAAACGCACCGAUGGUACAAAUAAAUGACAAUUACUACGAAGAUCUGACACCCAAAGAUAUUGAAGACAUAAUUGAUGAGCUAAAGGCUGGCAAAGUUCCCAAACCAGGCCCAAGGAGUGGACGUUUUUCUUGUGAGCCAGCUGGUGGCCUUACUUCCCUGACUGAACCACCCAAAGGACCAGGUUUUGGAGUUCAAGAUGAUCUCUAAGGAUUUUUGUAAUAUAAAAUGAACUGUCUGAAAAGAAUAAAGUACCUUGAAUCUCACUAAAAUUAUGUACAUUCUAAUAUUUUUGUUUAAAAAAAAAGUAACAGCAAUUAGACUAUCCAACUUACUGUGUUGGAUUAAAUUUAACUAUAGCACAGUUUAAUCAUAAUUCCAGACUUUAAGAAAAGUGGUUCUGUAGACUGUGUAAAGUGACUGCUUGAAAGAGUCCACUUAGGGUCAAUGAGAAAUGAAAAGUUGUGUCUUUUGAUCUGUCAUUGAAAAUUCUUUCAGCUUUUUCUAAAGCUCUUUGAAGAAGCGACAAAACUCACUAAAUUACGAAUCUGGUAAAUGCACAAGGAACCAAACUGAAAGGAGAUUAUCUGACAAAACUUCAUCAUGUUACUUUUAUUGGCAAUUUAUAAACAAACAAACACAAACAAGAAAGGUUAUCUGAGCUGUGUUGUGUAAAAAAUCUCGUAGGUUCAGUUAGAAGUGGUUCUUCAGCUUCGUUCUUCUUAGUAUCAUUCUGUAAUCAGGAAGAAUGUAAAGCCCCAAACAGCAGUAGUAUUCUGCUAAAAGAAUUAAAGUAACAAAAACCAACUACCUUCCUGUGCUUCCUAUAAACAUAUAUAUAGUACAGACAAGGUACGGAGCUGGGGGAAGACAGAAUAUCAGUUCAACAUGUGCCUAAGGGUAAUGAUAUCUGACACUGGAUCUUUGAUUUACAGAUCCUUCUUUGACCUUAUUAUUGUGUACCAGCUACUUUCAAGAACUAAUCUGUGUGAAAUUGAGGAAUUUCUUUCAACACAAAAAAGUUGAAGAUUUUUUAUUUGACUGCAUACAGACACUUAAUACCUAUGCUUAUAAAAUGGGGCAAAUGCUUUUGCUAUAAGGACAUACAUUUCCAUGUCAAUUAGGAAAUGUGGACACAUCAGUCACCUGAGGCCACAUUGUGUCUGUCUCUUCUAAAAUCUGCCAUGGAACCUAUAUUUGUAGUACAAUUGAGGAGAUGUAUUAAGCUUUAACUGUAUAAUUUAUAAUUCUAUAUUUGUUUUGAUAGUCUGAUCAAUAGUACUUCACCAAACUAUUCUCCCUCUUUGGAGUUAAAUUCUGUUUUUACAGAUUACCUGCAUAAUGGCUAUCUCAUGUGGUCUGUCAUUAUUUCAAUAGGCUCUGUGAAGUUCCUUCACAAGCCGUUAAAAAAGCAGUAUUACUGUUGGUAGUUCUGGGAACAUAAUAUAUCAUGAGAAACUUGCUAUCUCUUCCAUCUUACUUUAUUUAUAAAAUGAAACUAUUGAAUUGCAUACAAAUGGAAAAGAAAACUCAAUAAAUUCAUACAACCCAUGAGUGAAGCAGUUUCCAAACAAGCAUGAAAAAAAAUCCUGCAUAGAAGCAGUACAGAACAUAGUGCACGGGAGAAAAUAGUACAUGGAUUGAAAUCUUAUCUGUCAUUAAAAGUUUCUGAAUGCUCUUCUGAAAGGUCACUCCAUGUUUGUAACAGCCUCAGGCCUUGCAGCAGGCCAGGCAUCUGGCACUAUGUGGCACUUCUCUAGAGACAUGAAAUGAGGCAGAAGGCAUGUCACAUCUUGAUGCAAAGACAGACUCAUUUUAGUAUCCUACGCUGACUGUUCCAUUUUAACAACAAAACUGUAUUCUAGUUCUUACAGCCUUACCUUAUUCUAACCUCUGAAGUAUAUGCUUAAUACAAGUGAGGGUGUUGCAUGCAUUGGGAAACUAUACUGUGCUGCAGUUAUUAAUGGUUUUCAUGUUGAAGGGAAACAAAAUUUUGGACAUGUCAAGCUUUAAACAAUAACAAAGCACUAGAAUGACAGAUUCCACUCAUUUUUUAAAGCCAGAGAGAAUUUGUAUCCCACUUUUCUCCCCAAUUUAUGACAAUUUUGAUGUUUUAUCUCAUGAGCAGAACAUGGACCUCCACAGUUCCCAUCUUUUGGAGAUUGUUAGUGAUGUUCCACAGACAAGCUGUCAGUCAUUUUGAUGCAACAUGUGAGAAUCUGCCAAUCAUUUGACUAGAAUAGGAUAAUUUAAGUUAUCCCUACUGCAUGGCACAAAUCUGAUACAUCACUCUUUAAAUUGAGUAUUGGAGGGAAGCUACAGGACUGUGAAAUGAUUGUAGAGAAAUAACUACUACUCUUCUCUCUCAUCUUACCCGCUUCACUCAUCAAUUAUAUGAGGGUUUAUGGUCCUGGUUUCUCCACAAAAAAAGUUUGGGCAAUCAUUGUAUUAAAUGGUUUAAAAAAUUUCA